AGAGACGAAGUUUUUAGCAGAAGAGGCGACAGGUGCCUGAAGCGCCGACAAGACAACUAAGUAUCGCUAUAAAUCCAGGUGACCUGCGACGUACGGUGCGGCAAGUACUGCUUGAAAUCACAGUAGUUCGUCCCGCGAAAUGAGUUUCUCUCCCCAGCAGCGUCCUCGCUCAAGGUGGCCUUGCAGCCGCAUCCGCGAGGGUGGUGGUAGUGCAAUGUUGUGGCUCUUGUCGGGACAACAUCCGCAGUGGCACCAGACAUGCGAUGUUUGUUUUCCCAUGAGCGUUCUCAACUUGGGUUACCCCUGUGGCGUUGCUGCCGUGCAGCAGGGCCGUGUCCAGUCGUCCAGCGGGGGGCAUGCCAGCACGCUCGAGGUUCCAGUGGGUGGCCGCGCCGAGCAGACAGUGGCGGAACUCGAUUCCACAGGGAAAUUGUUGCGCAGGGAAGUAGAGCUGCUGGAUAAAAAUAGUACCCGUUUUGUAAUAAAUCCUCCUACAGCAUCCUCUUCCUCUUUCGUGGAGGAUCAUGCGGAGGUUAUUUUCUCCGGACAGGACGCGGAAAAAUCCAAAUCGUCUGGAAGUACAAUCAUCGCCGAGGAGAAGAGCAGCAACAGCGCGACCGAAAAGAAAACCAAAACGGAACAAACGUUCAGCGACUUUUUUUGGAAGACGGAGGACUACCCUGCCACUGAGGCUGCGAAGGCGAAAUCCGUGGCAGAACUGGAAAAGUUUGAGCUCGCCGAGCCGCCCGGAAAUUUUACGGUAAAUUCGCCGCUAGCUCCGCUCUCCGUGGCAGCUUACGGUAAAUUCUCCGCUUACGGUAAAGUCCCCGCAAAGCAGCUUUCAGCGGGACUUGGCCAGCGGGACCCGGAGGAGCAGCUUCAAACGUUGCACGAAGAGCCUUCGCUCGCCUACGUUUCCGUUUCCCCCGCAACGGAACAGGAACUUGGGUCGUCCUUCAACGAGUUCUUCUGGGAUAUGGAGGGCUCGUACCCAGCCACCGAAGCGGGCAGGAAAGCAUUCGCGGCAAAAUUGGAGGACUUUGCAAUUGCAGAACCGCCAGGAAGUUUUAGGGCGCCUCCGCCCCUAGCGCCGAUACACGCGGGUGACUGCGUCCGAACCCCGCAGUUACGAAAGCUGUUUGAGGAGGAGCUGAUCAAGACGCCACGCACCGUGGUUGAUUUUUCGUAUUUCGGCACUGCCAGUCGCGACGCGCUCGAAGUUCGGAUGCAGGAACUGCAGGACCAGGUCGAUUUGUUCGUCAUCACCGAGGCCGACAUUGACCAUCGCGGGCGAACGAUCCGCAGCGACUAUUGGCCGGAGGUUCUUUCGAAGCAAGCUGUUUUUCGCGACUUCGGCCCAGACCGCGUGCUGCACUUGCCCCUGCACUACCCGCGCGCAGCGGACGGCGGUGGUGCAGUGUCCGGGGCUGGUGACGAGAGCUUUGCGUCGGGAGUCUUCAUGCGGAAAGAAGGGUCCCGCUUGCUGCACGCUGAAUUGCAGAAGCGGUUUUUUGCUGAAGAGGAUCAUGAAAUCGACGGGGCGGAGCAGGCUAUUCAGCAUCAACAUCCACAACGAGGACAGCCGACAGUGAGUUCGUGGGCUCUUCUAGUGCUGACUGCGCACACGGAUGAGACCCCAAGUCGCAAAGCGGUGCAACUACUGCGCAAUUGUAAAUUCCUGGGGGAGAAGAUCGAAGACCAUUUUCCCCUGCGGACAGCAUCGCUGAUGGUGCAGAAUCUGAUCGACAAAGCCUUUCGCUCCGAUUUCCCCGCCGAAUCCGCGCACCCGUACGAAAUAUCGCGGCCUGGCUUCGCGUUGUUUCAUCCCAGCCACGACGACGCUCUAGAACUAGAUACAUUUGCGCAUGUCUCAAAUGUUGGCCAGGAGAAGAUUAUUUAUGGUGGAGCACACAUGACGGGCUACCCGUUUAUCCCCGCAUGGUUUUUGAAAAACCUGCAGUGCACAGAUGUGCUUGCGGCGGCAGCGCUUUCCGAAGACUGGGCCAGUCUGCAUCGGGAGAUCAGGCAAGCCUGUGCGGCAGGAGGGCCAGGUACGAGUGAUUCGCCGCGAAAGGACCACCACGCCGAAAAAAUCGCCGCAGUGCUUGCCACCCACAACUUGGACCGAACGACCGACAACUUCGCGGACCGCUUUGCAGAUCCGACAGCCCCCAAAGAGUCCGACACUGCAUAUGCAGACAUGCUGCACUUGCCCGACUACUUCGUCUUGAAUCGGAACCGUUUUCCCGCCUGGUUUGGCAAACGGCAAGACCCACGGGCGACAAUUUUGUGUCCGCCCCCAGCCUCAGUACAAGGAGCCCGGGCGGCAGAGCAGCUUUCUUCAGCGGGACUUGGCCAGCGGGACCCGGAGGAGCAGCUUGAAACCUUGAACGAAGAGCCUUCGCUUGCCUACGUCUCGGUUGCCCCCGCGACGGAAUUGGAAUGCCUUUGCCCGAACUGGCGCACGGUAGCCGAGCAAGGCCGCAACCGCGAAGUGCCGCGGUCCAACGUUUUCGUCAUGUCACCGCAGCGCCCGUCGCUGAUAUCGAAAGAAGAGGCGGCCGCCAUGUUCCCGGGGCUCUUCGGCGACGGAGCUCCUGCCUGGAAUUCGACAAAUUCUACUUCGACGGCGAAGCCGGAGCUAAUAUUAAGCGAGUCUUCACCUCCAGCGCCAGACGGUCGCAGAUGCGGGCAAGAACUUUCCGCCGGCAUACAGCACUUCAACCACGAAGCAGCCUGGCGGGCAGUGGAGCUGAUCUCUUCCUUUCUGGAAUCCGAAAAGCUGUUGCAGGACAGCAGCAUCUAUCAAAUGCAAAAAUGUCUGGGUCUGGAAGAUUGCAACUUGUCAUGCUGUUUUUGGACUCUAAAAUGAUCUGUAUUGCAUGACCAGCAAGAUGGGUGCGCUUUGUGCUACACGGGCAGGGCAUUUCUCAUGCGGAAGGUACAUCAGGAAGCACUUUAAAAGUCUGCGACGCUAGGCCAUGCAUUGCAGGCGUCAUGGGUCAUAUUAAGAAAUAUGCAUGACAAGUCUUGCAUUCUUCCAGACCCAGACAUUUUUGCAUUUGAUAGCAUCACGCUGCUCGAGGCCUUCGAGGACCUGAACUCGUGGACCAUGCGAUCCGACCUUUGGCGCGUUGCAAUUGUUUAUUUGUGUGGAGGCGUGUACAUGGACGGAAAGGCAGCCGCUGCCAGACCUCCCGAAGAAGCCGACGCGAAGAUGACAGCAGGUGGAGGUCAUAACAAGCUCAGGCAGCCGGCGGUCCUCGAUGCGCUCUUCUCUGACGACUCCGAGACGCAAAAUUCCACUAUUGUACUCGCACCAGGCGACGCGGGGUUUUGCCUGGAUAGCGGCUGGGGUGCUACGAGCAAAAAAGGGAAGGUGCACAGUGCGUUUUUUGCUGCACCCCCGCGCAGUUCUGCGCUGCUUUACAUCCUGCAGCAGCAAAUACGCAAUGUGCAAACUCAUUCGCGCGGGCAUGCUGAGGACGGAGCGCACAGAGAUCUUGAUCCUACUUCCCCGGGCGCAUUCUCCGACGGGCUUCUGCAGCACGAGUGCUUCCGGCGGACUUUUUUACCGAGAUGCGUUGGCACCUCUGUGGGAGAUUUUCCAAUCGCAUCCACAUCCGAUUUGCGACACGGCGCUGAUGCAGUUUUCGUAUCAAAUGCAAAUAUGUCUGGGUCCGGAAGGAAGCAGGCACUUGUAAUGCAUUUUUUGCACCUGAGUGGAGGUCUGAAAUGCACUCGGGGCAUGACAAAUUGUGCAGAGACCUCUGCAUGCCUAGUCUGCAUGAGAAAUAAUGCCCUAUCUAGGAGACAAAAAGCGCACAUCUUUUGCUCUCUAUGCAACGUAGAUUUUUUGCUAUUCCAGAAUCCGGCGCAUGACAGGGCUGGAUUCUUCCAGACCCAGACAUAUUCGCGAUGGAUAUUUCGUGAUGUUCGACCAGAACUGGAUACGAGGUUACAAAGCAAGUAGAGACGUGCUCCACGACGCUGGCCUUCGAGCAUCAGCCGGCUCACACUUGCACAACGCAACAAGAACAGACGUGCGCCAUGAUGAUGCUCCCUUUGCAGCAAGAAGCCACGAGGAGCAUAAUACACCUUUCGACGACGAGACCGCGGAUCCCUCCAGUGGGGGCGACACCUUAGCGCAUGCCAGCUGUGGAUCAGACCAGCAGCUCGCACAAGAUCUGAAGUCGAUCGACUUCGAAGAUUUUGAUCCACCGCCGUACGACGAGAAAUCCAGCGAAAGUUUACUGGGAUACUUCUGGACCACGGGAUGGCUUGCUUCGCCGAACCUGAACGACAACGAAAAAACGAAUAGCCGUUUCGAUUUCGAGCGGGGUGCCUUGUUCACCUUCGAUCACAAAGAACAUGAGCGAGUGCACGUGUACUCCGCGGAGAAAAUGAAAGAGGCCGGCCGCUGGGACCCGAAUAUUUGCGGCGACGGCCAUUACGGAGCACUGUUCGAGGCGGACCUGUGGGGGAUUUUCCAGACGCAUCCACGUCCGAUUUGCGCCGUGGCGCUGAUACUGUUUUCGUGA